GUGUGUGUGUGUGUGCGUGUGUGUGUGUGUCCUUGGCUGACAGGGUAUAAAGUGGACGCACGUUGACAGCGACACAAGAAGAGAAAAGCGACAGAAUUUCCUCCGUCUGACACGAGAAGAAAAGACAGACACAGACGGACGCAGAGACAGAGCUGACGGAGAAUGUGUCCUGUGUGGCUAUUGGUGGCUGUGGUGGUUGUGGGCGGAGCCAGAGGAGCGGUCAGUCAGUGCUGGGAGCAUCCGAGCUGUCAGGAGGCGGAGUCAGAGAGCAGCAUGAUGGAAUGUUUCCAGCUGUGUCGCGAUGACCUCACCGCCGAGAUGCCCGUUGCCCCAGGCCACGCCCACCUGCAGCCUCCCUCCCUCUCAGACUCCGCCCCUCAGACAAAGCGCUCCUACUCCAUGGAGCAUUUCCGCUGGGGGAAACCUGUCGGCCGCAAACGCCGCCCCAUCAAAGUCUACACCUCCAACGGCGUGGAGGAGGAGUCAGCCGAGGUUUUCCCCGCAGUCAUGCGGCGGCGGGAGUUAGCCAAUCAGCUGCUGGCGGUGGCUAAGAAGGAGGAGCAGGAGGAGGAGGAGGAGGAGGAGGUGGGGAUGGAGGCGGAGCAGCAGCAGCAGGAGGAGGAGCAGCGUCUUCUGGGCGGUGUCAAAGAAGGCAAAGAGGCGUUGUAUAAGAUGAAGCACUUCCGUUGGGGCGUUCCCGCCGACAAACGCUACGGCGGCUUCAUGAAGAGCUGGGAUGGGCGGAGCCAGCGGCCUCUGCUCACGCUGUUCAAGAACGUCAUCAACAAAGACGGACAGACGCAGAAGUGAGGGGGCAGGGCCUGCACCGCAGACGCAAGGGGGCGGGGCCUGCACCCCAGCACCCAAAUUUUUUUUUGGAUAUUUUCAUUCAUGUAAAUAAAUGUAAAAAUAAAGAUGUUUGAAAGCAA